UUUGUUAACCAAAGGUGUUAAGGUUUAGAAGGCACAGGUUGAAAGCUGAAACAUGGAGCUCUCUGUAAUACUUUCCAUCUGCUGUUUGCUCAGUCACACAUUAAAAGGUGAAGUUGCUGUGACACUAAAGGCACCAGAACAUGUUGACCUGCAAGUCGGUGAUCUUCGGAACAUCAGCAUUGCACCAAGUACACUCCUGCAAGAAACUCUUGUUAUCACAUUCAAUGUGAUAUUCUCAUCCAAACAGACUUCAGUUGUUGAACUGCCUGAAAAUAUUACAUUGCCUUCUCACUCAAUGAAUUCAACAGUUUUCCAAGUUAAAGGAGUUGAAGUUGGUCAGGCCACCGUGUAUCUUCAAAACAACAGUAGCAGCAAUAUAACCAGAACUCUUGCAAGAAUUCAUUUUCUGGUGGUGCAGAGUAAUGCCCUGAGAAUAGUAUGUCAGGUGAUUGGCUGGAUUUACUUCUUGGCCUGGUCCAUCUCGUUCUAUCCCCAAGUGAUUGAAAACUGGAAACGGAAAAGUGUGGUUGGAUUGAAUUUUGAUUUUCUGGCACUUAAUCUGACCGGUCACAUUGCAUAUGGAAUGUUUAACAUUGGCCUCUUCUGGAUUCCGUAUAUUGAGAAACAGUUCCUGAAGUGUAACCCUGGUGGGGUGAACCCAGUGCAAGGCAGUGACGUCUUCUUCAGCCUGCAUGCAGUCCUAUUAACAAUGCUUACAAUCUGUCAGUGUUGUUUAUAUGAGAAAGGGGAGCAGAAAGUGUCAAAGGUUACAAUUGGACUACUGGUGGCUGCCUGGCUUUUUGCUCUUAUCACCUUGUUUGUGACUAUAGCUGACAAAAUCACGUGGCUGCAGUAUCUCUACUACUUCUCCUACAUCAAACUUGUAAUCACACUCAUCAAAUACAUCCCUCAGGCCUACCUGAAUUAUCAAAGGAAGAGCACAGUCGGUUGGUCCAUUGGCAAUGUGCUGCUAGAUUUUACUGGAGGCAGUUUCAGCAUUGUGCAGAUGUUCUUACAGUCUUAUAACAAUGAUGAAUGGUUGCUGAUUUUUGGAGACGCAACAAAGUUUGGGCUUGGAUUGUUCUCAGUUCUGUUUGACGUUUUCUUCAUCGUGCAGCAUUAUUGUUUGUACCGACACAAGCCUGGCUACAGGUUACUGAAUGCAGAUAACUGAGACUGUUUCUGCACAACACAUCAAAACACUGGUUGGCUCUGGCAACUGUUCAUUGGGCAAAUCAUAGUUCACAAGAACUGAAUGCCAAUAACAGUUGUGAAUGAAACAACAACUCCACAUCACUCAGUAAAGCCAAGGUGCUGCUUACUCUUUUUAAAUGGAAGACAUGCAAGUGUCUGGUUUCCAAGGUUUCAACUGUUACAAAAGCUCCAAUUUCUCCUUCGGAAGCAGUUGAGUCUUUUCAUUGCAAAAAUGUUGUUUCUGUUGGAUCCACCAUCAGCCCCAAGGCCCAGACUAUGAUCCAUCAGCCCUGAGAUUGCUGUGAUCCAAGGAGAAGGACACCAUCCGCUUGGACCAACGGCCCUGGCACCCACCAAUAAUGAGCAAGGCUGCAGACUUGCCAGCUUUAGCCACAUCCAUGGAACAUAUUUUUAAACAUCUGCAGGAUUUCUCUUAAGCCCAUAAAACUCAGAAUAAUGUUGCAAUGAAAAUGUAAUUGAUUCAAAGCAUAAGUAAGCCAUCAUGUGAGGUUCUGCCUGAAACGUUAAACCUGUUCAUCUCCACAGAUGCUGCCUGAACCUGCUGAGUAUUUCCAGCAGUUUUGUUUUAAUUUGCUUGAACUAAGCCUGCCUCCUGUAAUUUUAAACUCUCAUUCAGAAAUUAGACUUGCCGCUCUCUUGGUGCUAAUAGGAGUGGGGAUGGUCAAAGAGAUUCUUGAGUUAAAAUUUGUUGGUGGUUCAUUCAUGGAAUCAUAUAAAGGUUACAGCCUGUCAUGCCCGUGCUGGCCCUCUGAAGCAGCAAUUCCUGUGUCACUCCCCUGGCUUUUCUCAUAUCCCUUAAAAUUUUUCCUUUUCAGAUAAUGAUCCAAUUCAGGCAGCGCAUCCCAGACCCUAACCACUGGAUUGACCCUGCCUCCACCACACUCUCAGGCAGCGCAUCCCAGAUCCUAACCACUCGCUGUGUGAAAACGUUUUUCUUCAUGUCGUCAUUGCUUCUUGUGCCAAUUGUCUUAAAUCUGUGUUCUCUAUUUCUCGAUCCUUCCUCCAAUGGGAGCGCUUUCUAUCUAUUCUGUUCAGGCUCCUCAUGAUUUUAAACAACUCUCAAAUCUCAACCUUCUCUUCAAGGAAAGCAGUCCUGGCUUCUCCAAUCUAUCUACAUAACUGAAGUUCCUGACCUCUGGAACAAUCCGUAAAUCUUUUCUGCACCCUCUCUAAUGCCUUCACAUCCUUUCCUAAAGUGUGGAAAACUAGAUGCAAUACUCCAGUUGAGGCCAAACAGUGUUUUAUACAGGUUUAACAAAACUCCCUUGAUUUUGUACUCUAUUUUCCUGUUGAUGAUGCCCAGGAUGCUGUAUGCUUUCUUAACCACUCUCUUAAGCUCUCUUGCCACCUUCAAUGAUUUAUGCACACAUAUACCUAGGUCCUCUGCUCUAGCACCCCUUCUAGAAUUAUACUGUUUAGUUUAUAUUGUCUGUGUUCUUCCUACCCAAAUGAAUCACUUCACACUUCUCUGCAUUAAGUUUCAUCUGCCAUUUGUCUGCCAUUCCAUCAAUCUGUCUGUCCUUUUGAAGUUCUACAUUAUCCUCCUCACAAUUCAUAAUUCUUCCAAGUUUCAUAUCACCCACAAAUUUUGUAAUUGUGCCCUGUACAACAUGGUCUAGGGUCCUACCGCUGAUCCUUGGGGAAUUCCACCACAAAUAGUCAUUUGGUGGUACAGAACUUGUGUUGCUGAGUAAAGAGUCAUGCUAUCGUUGCUUUUUGUCUUGCAGUCAUCUGGACAGAUACUGCAGUACAAAUUGUUGUUCCCGUUACAAUUGGUAUUCUUGCAAACCUGUCCUGAUGAGUGCAAGAUGAAAGACUUCAGCAUGUCCUUUUUUUUUUCAGCAUUACUCCAAUAUAAACCUUCCUCCAGUUUGAAAAGCAAACAUUCACCACUACUUUGUUUUCUGUCCAUAUGCCAAUUUCAUAUCCAUACUGCGAAUGCCCCUUUUAUUCCAUGAGCUCUAACUUUGCUCACAAGUCUGUUGUGCAGCACCUUAUCAAAAUGCCUUUUGGAAGUCCACGUACACCCCACCAACAGCGCUGCCCUCAUCAAUGCUAUCUGUCACUUCAUUGAAAAGCUCAAGCAAGUUAGUUAACACCAUUUUGCCCUUAACAAAUCCAUGCUGGUUUUCCUUAAUUAAUUCGCAGUUGCCCAAAUAACUAUUAAUUUCGUCCUAAGUUAUUGUUUCUAAAAGCUUCCCCACCACUGAGCUUAAACUGACUGGAUUAGCUUUUCUUUACACCUUUUUUGAACAAGGGUGUAACAUUUGCAAUUUUCCAGUCCUCUGGCACAAUCCCUGGGUUUAGGGAAGCUUGGUAAGAAAGCCGAAGUAUAGAAAGUGCAGGGAUGAAAUCAAAAAGGAAAUUAGGGAAGCAAAGAGAGGCCAUGAAAGAAUAUUGGCAAGCAAAAUCAUUGAGAACCCAAUGAUAUUUUAUCAAUACAUUGAGUUAAACGAUAACGAAGGAAAAAGUGGGGCCAUAAAAGACCAAAAAGGCAACCUAUAUGUGGUGGCGGAUGAUGUGGGUAUGGUUCUUAAUGAAUACUUUCUGUCUUCAGAGAAGGGGGGUCAAUGCAGACAUUGUAGUUGAGGAAUGUGAAGUAUUGGAUGUGAUAAACAUAGGAAGAGAGGAAGUAUUAAGCAGAUUUGCAUUCUUGAAAUUGGACAAAUCAGCAGGGCUGGAUGAAAUGUCCCCCAGGUUGUUAAGAGAAACCAGGGAGGAAUAGCGGAUGCUCUGACCCAUUUUCCAAUCCUCACUGGAUACAGGUGUGCUGAGGAUUGGAGGACUGCUAACAUUGUACCUUUGUUUGGAAACAGAGAGAAGGAUAAGCAGAAUAAUUACAGGCCAGUCAGUCUAACGUCAGUAGUGGGCAAAUUAUUGGAAUCAAUUCUGAGAGACAGGAUAAACUGUCACUUAAAGGCAGAGAGUAAUCAAGGACAGUCAGCAUGGAUUGGUUAAGGGAAGGUUGUGUCUGAGGGUAGUGCAUUAAAUGUGGUCUUUAUGGAUUUUAGCAAGGCUUUUGACAAGGCCCACAUGGCAGACUGGUUUAAAAAAAUAAAAGCCCAUGGGAUCCAAGGGGAUGUAGCAAGCUGGAUACAAAUUGGCUCAAUGUAUAGAACAGUGGUUAAUUGUUGAUGGGUGUUCUUGCGAACGGAGGGCUGGUAUCAGUGGGGUUCCAGUACUAGGCUCCCCAGCUUUUUGUGGUAUAUAUUAAUGAUUUGGACAUAAAUGCAGGGGCUAUGAUAAAGAAGUUUUGCUGAUGACACAAAAAUUGGCCACAUGGUUGAUAGUGAGGAGGGAAGCUGUGGACUCAAGAAGAUAUCAAUGGACUAGUCCGGUGGACAGAAAAGUGGCAAAUGAAAUUCAACCCAGAGACGUGUGAGGUGAUGCAUUUGGGGAUGUCAAACAAGGCAAAGGAAUAUCCAAUAAAAGGGUUGAUAAGGUGGCUAAGAAGCCAUUUGGUAUCCUUUCCUUUAUUAGCUGUGGUAUAGAAAAUAAGAGCAGGGAGGUUAUGCUGGAACUGUAUAAAACACUAGGCCACAUCUUGAGCGUUGUGUGCAACUCUGGUCACCUUAUUACAGAAAGGAUGUAGUUGCAUUAGAGGGUACAGAGCAGAUUUAUAAGUAUGUUGCCAGGGCUGGAAAAUUGCAGCCAUUAGGAAAGGUUGGAUAGGCUGGGGUUGUUCUACUUGGAACAGAGGAGGCUGAGGGGAGAUUUGAUUAAGAUAUACAAAAUUGUAUGGGGCCUGUAUAGAGUGGAUGGGUAGGGCCUAUUUCCCUUAGCAAAGUGGUCAGUGACUACAGGGCAUAGAUUUACCACCCUCACUCUGGGGUGGUGUUUGGUCUGAUCCUACACUUAACACAUUGACCUUGUGGACAAUCUAUGCAUCUUCUCGGGUGGUUUGCCUGACUUUGGUACUUAUUUGGACUUUCAUUCACUCUAUUGAAUCCACAACUUCCUUUUGUACAGAUUGCUGCCUCUCUGAAGCUUCUUAAUUUUUGUUUACAUUUUCAAUUUACAGAUUAUAAGUACAACUUGUCAAAUUAAAAUAAAUAUUUUUCUUAAUAAAA